GUGAGGACUGCGGGAGGAGCAAGGAAUUUACUAUACGACGAAGUGCAUCUCGUGUCAAAUCUCAAUUGAAGUGUUCUAAUAAUAAUAAUUUAUAUUAUGUCUGACAGUACUCAAUCACGUAAAGCUCUUGGUGCACAGCGAGUUUUGGCAAAGUUAGAGAAUUCAGUUAAAAAUGGUAAUUACUAUGAGGCCCAUCAAAUGUAUAGAACACUUUAUUUCAGGUAUCUUACUACCAAGAAAUACACAGAACUCAAAGAACUUCUAUUUGAAGGUGCAAAACUUCUAUUGCGUCAUGACCAACAAACCAGUGGUGCAGACUUAGCCAAUCUGUUCAUUGACGUAUUGGUGAAGUCAGAGACAGAGCCGUCAGAUGAAUUCUUCUCCAAGAUCGCUCAGUUGUUCAGCAUGAUCAGGCCGGAGGUAGCAGAGAGGGAAGUGUUUCUGGGCAGCGCAUUGCGGUGGUCGGCCCUUCACAACACCCACUGUGCCAAUGGCCAUCCGUCCCUACACCAAGCUUUUGCACAGAUCUUCUGGAGAGAGAAGAACUUUGUGUUGGCGAGAUACCAUUUCCUUCACUCCCGAGACGGAGCUGGCUUCGCUACGAUGUUGGUUGAACUACACAGGACGAGAGGUUUUGCCACAGAAGUAGACCUGUUUAUAGCUCAAGUUGUCCUGCAAUACUUGUGUCUUCACAACAAACACACAGCAAACGUUGCGUUCCAGAGCUAUACAACACAGCACCCUGCCAUAGUAGACAAAGGGCCACCAUACAUCCUGCCGCUACUCAACUUUAUAUUUUUUCUGUUGAAAACAGUCGAGAGUGGUAAGCUGGCCGCUUUCACCAUCCUGUGUGAGCAGUACCAACCUAGUAUCAAGAGAGACCCGUCUUAUCCCGAGUACCUAGACAAGAUAGCGCAGAUAUUCUUUGGUGCACCACCUCCCAAGAGGCAGAACACCGGAGGAUUACUAGGAAACAUCAUCCAGUCACUUGUAAAUGGAUUAGGAGACCAAAUAGACUCAGAUGAGGACGACACCCCACGACCUUCUACCUCUAGACAGAUGGAGACAGAGGCUGUAGAUUAGAUCUCUCCACCUCACCCUCCCGCUUGAGCUCUUGUAGAUAUUUCUAAAUCUUAGGUUAAUAAAUCACGUGAUCCAGUCUAGGUUUGUUAUGUGUGCUUUUAUUUGAGCAAAUGGUUUUAUACAGGGUUUCACAUAGUGGUUUUCUACAGUUAGUGAUGAAAAAUGCUACAUAUCUUGUGUUUUGUUUUUUUUUUCACAAAUUCACAACAGUGUGAGGUGUAUAACUUGUAUAAGCAAAAUGUUGCAGGCAUAUACUAGGAAAAAAAGAUUGUUAAUUUUUCCUCAUAUUUCUAAUGAAUUUGACAAAAGAAACACCUGUUUAUUUAUAACAAAUAUGAAGUAACAUCCAGAUAAAUGUUUAGUAUCAUGUUUUUAAAUUUCCCAUUUUACUUUUUUUAACUGGAUGAGGAUCCACUCUUUUAUUCUUAAAACAAAUUAAGAAAUGGAUUCUUUUGCAGCUGACAACUGCAGGGAUCUAAAAACCACCAACACUUAAUUUAGCAAGUCUUACUAAAAACUUCUUUAGAUGUCAAGGAUUAUGUGACGAGGCACGUUUUAGUCACAAUAUGUCAGUCACACGACUCUGGAUCCAUAAAAAUAAAUUGUAUUGCUUUUUGUCUUAAUAUCUUGAUUAAUCAAUAUGUUGAAGACAGGUAUCCAGUUGAUUGGUUAUGUGUUUUAAAAAUAUCUUAAUAUUCUUAAUAUCUGAGCUCAAGAUAGGUUUAAAACUAACCCUAAAAUAAAAGUGCCGCUACAUAAACAUAGUGUAAAUAAAAACUGUACAUAACUACAUUGUACCGAUUGUCAUCAGGCUCCCUUAUACAACCUUAGUUUGUUUUCCUAAAUGAUUAAAUUUAGAUGUAUUUUAAGUUUCAGACAUAUUGUUACCAUGGACAUAUUUUUAACUUCUAGACUUCUAGACAAUUCAUUAAUCAAAGGAAAAAUGGGGUUCGGAUUGGAUUCCACUAUAAACUGUUGGUCCCUUAGUUGCCAUUGGCUGUAUGGGCUAUUAAAAAUUAAUUAACAGCUGUGUCUGUGGAACAUGUCGGCCUUAGUCACUAACAAGACUACAAGAUCACACUACUCCUUCACUCAUAUUUGGGUUAAAAUACAUAGAGGCGUCCCCAUCUUAAAAUAAUUGAUUAAAUUGAUAAUUGAUGAAACGGCAUUAGUUGAUGCUAACUACAACACGGAUAAUUUGAUGCAAAAGGGUAACAUAAACCAUUUUAUAUUACAAUUUACGAUACAGAGGCUUACCCACCAUAGAUUCACUGUGUUUUACAACAAAUAUUGAUAAAAUGUAAAUACCACAUCAUCAGACAUUGAAGUCUUUUUGUUUGAUUCUGUUGUGUUUUUGGUUUAUUUGUUUUUAACACAGUUCAGUGUGCCAUGGAUUUUGGUUUGAAAUUCAAAUAUAUUUAAUCUUUUUGUUGACUUGUUAUUUGGUGUAUGAUUAUUCUAAGAUCGGUUAGCAAUACUUGCCCAGAGGUAGGCUGUAUAUUGUUUAGCAGUAGACGAAUGUAGUUAAGUAGAUAAUCUUAGGGGUGAAGAGUACUUUAACUGAAGAACCUAAACGAAGUAUGUGAAGGGGUUUAACAUACAUUGGGUGCUAUAAGUUAUACUAUCCAUAUUAGGAUAACUAAUCGGUGGUGUAAACUGAGAUAUGACUUAAACUGCUGCUCCAGUUACAUCAUAAACCAAACAUAGCAUUAGUGUUAUUUAUAGAAGGCAGUUUAGUGACCUUAGACCAUUUUGUUUAAAAAGUUCUGUAACAAUAUAAGCGAAAGAGACCGGAGAGCGCAAAGAGAGCGGAAGAGAGAUAUAAGCGAUAGAGUCUUUUACGACAACUGACACCAUGUUGGGUAUUUCAAGACAAAGAUUAGUGUUGAAUAAAUUAUAUGAUAGCUUUGUGCCACGAUGGCUCCGGUUAGCUGGUGUUUUAGAGGAUUAAGGAUGCAGAAUAUUUUCAAAGUAGUCAAAUACUACUAUUCUACUAGUGUUAUUAAAUACAAGUGCUCUUCACCUUUAAUAAAAAAUGACACUUAAACUCAUUCAUCUAUAUGUUGUACAAGUGAAAGCAAUUUCCCAUUCAAUUACAGAAAGCUAUUUUUGAACAUUUGAUAAUAAAACAUCAAUAAACCCAUAAGUGGAAUCAAGAUAACCAUUUAUAUAGGCACCUUACAAUGACAUCUUUGUUUACUGUUAACCAUCUGUACUUUAGUAGAUGAAUGGGUUGAAUAAUUCACUAAUGUAUUUUCCUGUAAGCUAUAAAUGUAAAAUAUGUAGAUUGUAACAAAAUGUUAUUUGUAGAACCUUGCUAAUCUGUCUUUAAUGGUUAUUUGGUUAUCAAACCGCACCCUCCUUGCAAAGUGUUUGUAACUUUCCAAUUUAAACUUAUUUUGGGCAUUUCGAUAUGUUUGAAUUUUAGUGGUAAUUAUUUUACCGUUAGCUCAUGACAUAGUGCAAUCCAAGUGUCUGUUUAUGAUAGUUGUUGUUUGUUACCAUUUAAUUAAUAUUUAUUAUUGAAAUGAUUUUUGGGAAUUUCCUCUAUAGGGAAUAAGCUAUUACCGUAGUACUCAUGGUAAGACCUGGACCCGGGACCGAUUUACUUUUUCCUUUUGAGGUCCCUAGAGUCCAAAAACACCAUCUGUUCAAAUUAAUAUAUAUUUAUAUAUGUGUCCGUUAACGCGAUAACUCGAGCAAAAGUCAUCCGAUUUUGAUGAAAUUUGGUACAAACGUGUAAACCUACGUUUAUUCAAACGAGUUCACGAACCAGCAUGAUUGGACUAUGGGAACAGGGUUUUAUGGGGUAAAAAUUGGUUUUUCCCAUUUUUGACCCUGAAAUCCAUUUUGUAGAGCUUAAAAAACAAAUAAUUUAGUAUAUUGAAGCGUUAGUAUGCGCCUAAUGGUUACGGAGAAAAUUCCAAAAAUCUGUAAAUUUAAAAUUACCAUGUUAUUCUUAUGGAGAAUAAGUAAACUGUUGUAGUUUGCUUGUUUAUGAACGUAUUUUGAUCAAAUUUGGAAAAUGCAUUAAUUUCAUACCAAACUAUUACAUUUUACAAAAAAACACCUUUUUACCCUCCCUGUUGCAGCAAACCUAAGUACUUGUUAAACUAAUGUCAUUUAAAUAGGGAAUAAAUGUGUUAUUUUUAAGGAGACAUUUUAGUGUAAAUCCAAUCAGGCAAAUGGAAAUUCGCUUAGUCUGCAGGUUUGCUGCGGCGGGGGUAUUUUUAUAAGUGUUUUUCUUUAGUUCAUGGUUAAACUCCCUGUACCAUUAGUGACAGAUUAUCAAGACUCUACUUUAGAAGAUUAAACUUUUAAUAUUAACAGUAAUUAAUAUGAAUGAAAUUUGAAAUAUUUAUAGAUUUAGCAUAUUUUAUCAGUGACCCAAAUAAUUUUAAUUUCAGAUUAACCAUUAAAUGUGAAUUCUCAAUGAAAUACUACUUACACUCAUUGAAGUGUGUAACAUAAAAAUGAAUUCGGGAUAUUCAUAAUGUUCGUUGCCAUUUUACUAAACAUCUAACUUAAAAUUAAAAUAACAAUCACACAUCUGUUUUCCAAGAAAAACUAGUUUGGAAAUCUAUUUAUUCUAACACUCUACAUUUUCAAAAUUAUUAUAGAAAAAAGUUUCACGGUCACUUUUAUGGUUGCAGUUUUUUUUUUAUGUUCUACCUUCACGUCCUAGGAUUCUAAACUCUAGCCUGUAACCGUUUUACACCUUACUUAAAGAUGGUCCUAGAGGGUUGUGGCAUUAUCUUUUCACAUAGAGAAAACUCACUGGUGACAGCUGGGAUCUAAACCUGGGACAUAUGGACAGAAGCCCCACUAGACCAGCUCAGCUCGCUCCUCGUAGCCGCAGUACUCGUAGGAGAAGUUUCACAUAAACUUUAUAAAACUUUGUCACUAAAAAGCAUUUGAUAAUUAAAAUCUAACUGUUAACUGUUAACAAAAUACAAAUUUUCAAAAAUAAGUCUUAAGCAUAGUAAAAAUAAAACCAAAAUUGUACAUUCUUUUGUUUUUAUAUUUAUUUAUUAUACUUUGUUGGGAAGUAGUCAGAAUUAUGUGAAAAUGUACUUUCUAUGACACAGAAUCAAUAAUAAAACUAUUAAUUUCGAA